GACAGAGCUGAGUGGGGCUGAACUAGUCCACAGCAAUGUUAGACAGAGAGGGAGGAAGACAGAAAAAAAACUGAGUGAAAGUAGGAGAGAGGGAGAGGGAGAGAGAGAGAGAGUGUCAGCGCAGAUUGUGCUUACCAAGCAGACUGGAUUAACAGCUGAAACAAACUGGACCUGUUUUUCUCUCUAAAGGUAGAGACUCAACGAUAAUGUGAAUGGCUGUUUAGACGGAGCUGCAUGUCGGUUAGGUACAAGGACAAAAAACUAUGGCAGUCCUAACUAGAUCCUCUCACUAUUCCCAGCCUUUAGUAUGGUGAAGAGCUCUCAUUUGCGCUUAGUUUGGUCAAACUUACCUCGGAUUUACUGGUGUGGGAGGCUCCCCCGCAGUGACAUUGACCCAUAACCCCCAACUCUGCUUUGCAGGUUCUAUCUCCCCAGGAGCUAGACUCUAAUUUUGGCUUUUGACACCUGGAGCAGGGAAGAGUUUGAUUUGGUAGCAGGCAAGACCUACUGUGAACCAGUCUGGACUGACGCACCAGCAUUUAUUCAUAAUCGCUGGACAGCAGGAACAUUUUCUUUACCAACAUUUUUUACUACACUAGAUCUGAGACUGACUGCACUGGAGGCGUGUAUUUAAAGGAUCUCUCUGGCCUCUAUUGCCCCAGGACCAUGGACUCUCUCUGGGGCAGCAUUAUGCUGCUGUGUGGGGUGGUUCUGCUAAGAUCGGAGGGCAGCGGAGCCCAACAGACCAAGAACAACGUCCCCCGGCUAAAACUCUCCUAUAAAGACAUGUUGGAGUCUAACAACCUCGUCACGUUUGAAGGCCUGGCCAACAGCUCGGCUUACCACACCUUCCUGCUGGACGAGGAGAGAGGAAGACUAGUGGUUGGAGCCAAGGACCACAUCUUCUCUUUUAACCUCCUCAAUGUCAGCAGAGAUUAUGUGCAGAUCCCUUGGCCAGCUUCUCCCACCAGAAGAGAUGAAUGCAAGUGGGCAGGAAAAGAUCUCUCGAGAGAGUGCUCAAAUUUUAUCAAGGUGUUGCAGCCAUUCAACCAGACCCACAUCUAUGUAUGUGGGACAGGAGCCUUCCACCCUGUCUGUUCCUACCUGGAGGUGGGCAAGAAACUAGAGGAUAGCGUGUUCAGACUGGAGCCUCGCGUAGAAAAUGGCAGAGGGAAGAGUCCCUAUGAUCCCAAGUUGCUCACUGCAUCCAUGCUAAUUGAUGGGGAACUGUAUGCCGGGACAUCAGCUGACUUCAUGGGUCGGGACUUUGCAAUCUUUCGGACUCUUGGCAAGUACCACCCAAUCAGGACGGAGCAACAUGACUCCCGGUGGCUAAAUGAUCCCAGAUUUGUGGCAGUUCAUCUGAUUCCAGAGAGCGACAACCCAGAAGACGAUAAAAUCUACCUGUUCUUCAGAGAAAAUGCUAUGGACGGCGAGCAUGUCGGGAAGGCCACACAUGCUCGCAUUGGACAGCUCUGCAAAAAUGACCUGGGAGGUCAUAGGAGUCUGGUAAAUAAGUGGACUACCUUCCUGAAAGCUCGACUUAUUUGCUCAGUGCCUGGCAGUAAUGGAAUAGACACACACUUUGAUGAAUUACAGGAUGUUUUCCUCAUGAGCACAAAGGAUCCCAAGAGUCCAGUCAUCUAUGCAGUAUUCUCUACUUCCAGCAACAUCUUCAAAGGUUCAGCUGUGUGUAUGUACAGCAUGUCGGAUAUCCGGAGAGUGUUCCUGGGUCCUUAUGCUCACAGAGAUGGACCAAACUACCAGUGGGUGCCCUUCCAGGGACGUGUUCCCUACCCGCGUCCUGGCACAUGCCCAAGUAAGACAUUUGGAGGAUUUGAUACAACCAAAGACUUUCCUGAUGAGGUUGUAACCUUUGCCCGAAGCCACCCAGCCAUGUUCAACCCCGUCUACCCCAUUAACAAUCGACCAAUCAUAGUCAAGACGGAUGUGGACUAUCAGUUCACCCAGAUAGUGGUGGAUAAAGUAGAAGCAGAAGAUGGCCAGUAUGACGUCAUGUUCAUAGGCACCGACAUGGGGACAAUACUGAAAGUUGUAUCAAUCCCAAGAGGCUCCUGGCAUGACCUGGAGGAAGUCCUCUUGGAAGAAAUGACUGUCUUCAGAGAGCCAACAGCCAUCACAGCAAUGGAGCUUUCAACUAAGCAGCAACAACUGUACCUGGGCUCAGACAUUGGUGUGUCUCAGAUGCCUUUGCAUCGGUGUGAGGUGUACGGGAAAGCCUGUGCUGAAUGCUGCCUGGCAAGGGACCCUUACUGUGCAUGGGAUGGCACCGAGUGCUCCAGAUACUUUCCCAUGGCUAAGAGGCGAACAAGGAGACAAGAUAUCAGGAAUGGUGACCCACUCACACAAUGCUCAGACCUACAACAUCAUGAUGAACUGAAUGGGCGGACGACUCUCUUGGAUAAAACUGUAUAUGGUGUGGAGAACAGCAGCACUUUCCUCGAGUGCAGUGCCAAGUCCCAGAGAGCCAUGACAUAUUGGCAAUAUCAGCGCUCUGCUGAUGACCGCAAACAAGAGAUCAAAUCAGAAGAACGUUUCAUUCGAACAGACCAGGGCCUGCUGAUUCGCACACUUAACAAGAAAGACUCUGGGAUCUAUCUGUGCCUGGCAGUGGAGCACGGCUUCAUGCAGACACUUCUGAAGGUGACCUUAGAGGUCAUUGACUCUGAGCGCCUGGAGGAUCUGUUACAUCGCGACGAAGAGGCCGCCAACGUCCCCGCCCAGGAUCGUUCCUCACUUCAUGAAACUCCAAAUCAGAAGCUGUGGUACAGAGACUUUCUGUCUUUGGUCAAUCACCCGACUCUGAAUAGUGUGGAUGAGUUCUGUGAGCAGGUUUGGAAAAGGGAGAGAAAGCACAAGAGACAGAAAGCUCACCUUGUGCAGCAAGUACAAAUACACCAGCAGCAACAGCAGCAGCAGCAGCAGAAGGUUGUGGUGAACCCUCACACCCACAUGCAUGCUCAAGGGCUGUCAGCCAAGUGGAAACACCUGCAAGAGAGGCAGAAGGGACGCAACCGCAGGACCCAUGAACUGGAGAGGGCCCCCCGCAGUGUCUGACCGAUAAACCUUGACUUUCAACAUCCAAAUCUGAAACCACUCCCUGCUCUCAUCCUGUAACCCUGAUUAACUUGCCCACUUUUCUUCUUCAUACUGAGAUACAGACUUGUUCCGUAAAGACUGGAUAGGAAAGUAAAACUGAAAAAAGGUAAUAUUACCCUGAUCUGCCCGGAUGGUGUGUUUUGUGGGCUGCAGGAAACAGGAUGUCAUAUCACACCAGGCCAUUGGAGCAUAUUAUCUCAGCUGGCCUUUGUGGCCUGAACACUGCAGAAGGACAGUGUCAACCAGCACAAGAACUGGAUGCAUUUACCGCCCUAUAGACUGGACUUACUCCAUGUUGAGAUGGCUGUGUCAGUGACAUUGUCUCAUGGCAUGCUAGUUUGGUGUCUCCAUCACCGUGAAACUAAAGUAGAUACCUAAAAAUACCUGAUAAUUUUUUUUUCUAAGUAUGAAAAAAGAGGAGGUAGGAUUGUAUUAACAGCAUGGAGAGUAAAUGGACUUGCAGUGGAAAUACAAGCACAAAAUAAGCAAAGCUUGUGGAUAGCACAAGAUGGUAUACUUGGUAAUGUCUGGCAAUGCAGUUGGUUAAAUCAGUCAACAUGAGUAAGAAUAAAGCCCAAGCACUGCAAGAAACAAGGAGCAACAGUCACUAUUUGUCAACAAAUAUAAUUAUGUAGCUAAGAUGUGUAAAUACUGUAUUCUGUGAUGUCUCCUCAUGCUAAAGGGAAUGGCUUGCAGUUGUCUUGUUGCUUUAUGUUAUUUCCUCAGAUAGAAAUUUAUUUAAGAAAAAGUUUUUAGAAAGCAGUGAGAUUUUGUACUAGUCUGUGUCUACGCCCUAGAUAAGCUUCCCAAACAAAGUCAGGUUUCAUUAUUCGGUUUUGUUUAUCUUUAUUUUUUUCUUUUGAGUCAUCAUGUUCCUUUCAACAGUCAACAGUCAUUAAAUUAACUGUCACUUUUAGGGAUAUCUGCCAACUGCAUCAUCUCAGUGCAAGAAAUGUCAUACUAAGUUCUUCCAUGUUCAUCUAAUCCAUGUUGUUUCCACUACAUGUGUAUUUAUUGAUAUAAAAUAUGUACAUUGAGAAAAUAUUUUUCGAUGUGCAUUUUUUUUAAUGUCAUUUGUUUGAUUAUUUUGAUUUACAUCACUGAUCUCUUAAAAAUGACUUCAUAAUCACAAAGACUGUGAUAAGACUGGUUACUGAAGUUACUUAUCAAUAUUGGUCACUGUUAUGUGCAUUACAUGCAUCAAAUGCACUGAGCAAUAACCCAGUAUCCAUACCGUAUAUUUUCUUCCACAUUUGUGACCUCUCAUACAUAUUCUUCGCAGGCUGCACAGUGUCAAAGAUCAAUUUCACUGCAUGUAAUAUAAAAAGACACUCUCUUCUGAUUCUCUUCUGAUUCUUCUUAUAACAAUCCUCUAUUAAACAACACAAGUAAACAGGAACCUGGAAUGUAGCUGUGAACAUUAUGUAAAUAUAAAUACUAUGGGUCUAUGUUCAACAAAUAUGACACUAUGUCCUAGUGCAUGUGAAUACUAUUGUAGUGUUCCUGUUUUGCUAUAGCAAUGAUAUACUAGUCUGGUGUUGUCACCGUUAUUUUGUUGUUUCCUUAUGCAGUGCACAAUAUUAACUAUUUCAAAGAUGUACAUAGUAUUUCUGUUAGAACUAAACUGUAUAGUUAAUAAUUCCUGAAGUAGGUAUUCAUUAAAAAAAGAUCUAAGCAAGAUCUCAAUGUGGAUUUAAACUUCCACAGACCAGUUAAUAGCAAUGAACAACAACACUGAACAAUGUUGAGCAUUACAACACAUCAGUAUGUCAGAUGACCUUUUCUUGUGAGUGUUUGCAAGCCUCUUCUGCUUUUGGAAGCCACUAUUUUGGAAGAUGAGAAACAGCUGGAGCCUUUGAACUUGAGAAAGAGUUGUGGAACUUUCAGUAGAGAGGGGGCCUAUGACAAGCCCAUCAUUAUAAAAAGAAAAGGGUGCCCUACUGCAUCUGUCUUGGACAUGCAAUGAAAGAGGAAAUUAGGUGCUGCUGCUGCUGCUGCUUUUUUGGCAUGACGAUGGUGAUGGUGGUG